AUGGGGGGAAAUGGGAAGAAGAAAUCGGCGCCCAUGGACCAGUCCGAACGAGCGGAAAUUAUCAAACAACUGGUGGCCAAGGCGCAGGAACUCGACCGAAUUGUUACCCGUCCGCCACCUGGCUACAACGCCUUGUUUGCGGAGCACGAGCAGAUUCGGACGUUACUAGACCAAAUGAAAGAAGAGCAUGUCAAGAUUUCAUCGACCGACUCGAUUAUUUUUGGAGAAAGGCAAAGGUCAAAGGCUUCGAUCGACAAGUUCCUCGUCUGGUGUAAAGAACAGAAUAUAGUUCUCAACAACUGCCGCCUAGCAAAACUAAAGGAUGGGACCGGUCUUGGGCUCUUAGUCACAAAGAAGAUUCAGGCUGGUGAGCUCGUCAUCUCCGUACCUCGGAAUGCUGGCCUGAACGUCGAUCAAGCGCGGCGGUCUCCGAUGCUAAAGCGUGCCUUUGAGCGUGAUCUUGUUAUGGCGAAAAUGGAUAACGUCGGGAUGACGCUUUGGUUAUGUUGCCAGCGAAUGCUUCCUGACAGUCCAUGGGAGCCAUACUUGAAUGUUUUGCCGUCCAGCUUCAGCUUACCACUCUACUACUCACUGGAGGAGCUGAAGGCUAUCCGGCCGUCACCACUUUUCGAAGAAACUUUGUUGCUCUACCGGAACAUCUCUCGUCAAUUCGCUUAUUAUUUUCUUCACCUGGCCAAGAAUGAAGAAUACGAUAGGAAUCGAAAGGGACAAGAGACUCCAAUUCUCUACAACUCGCCACUAAGUGUCGAAAACUUCACUUUCAAUCUCUACUUGUGGGCUAUGAGCAUGGUAGCCACUCGCCUCAACAUGAUUCCCUCCGAGAUGCAAACCGACCAAGACGGGAAGCCAUUGAUGAUUCCCGCCCUUAUGCCGAUGUUCGACAUGGCAAACCACAGCCUGAGCGCCCACGUCAAUGACGCUUCGCCAGUUUACUACGAAGGAAACUCCGCACAGAUUGUCGCUCCCGCCUCCGCAAAUCCAACCGAGCAGUUUUUCAUUUAUUAUGGAGAUCGGCCAUCGUCCCAUUUCCUUUUGUACAGCGGAUUUGUUCCUGCCGAUGACAAUAAGAAAGACUGCUAUAAGCUUCGUCUAGCACUUCCACGAACUGACCGGUAUUUUGCUGAACGAACGGAAUUUUUCCUGCGUCACGACCUAACUCCAACCGCCGGCUCCUACAUCAUUGAGCUCUUUAAUGAUGCCGAUAACAUCUGGGGCGGGAAGCCGGUUCUCCAAAUGAUCAAGGUGUUGGUAUCCGAGGGGCCGGAACGGGAGCAAGUGGAUAGUCCGGCUAAUGUUGAAAAGGCAAAGAAGUGGCUGGAGGUGCGCCUAGCAUGUCUCCGACGCGCCUAUGAGCAAGUGAAUGUCGACUCAUUGGAUAUCGGCGCUGAAGAAAAGAAGAACAUCAAGCUGUUACACGCGGCCGAAAAAGCCAUUUUGGACAAGGCCUUGUUAGCUGCAAAAUCCUUG